AUGAUCGAGGUCUUCGCCGCAGAUCCUUUUGACUUUCGGGGGGCUCGGGGUCGGGCCCAAGGGGGAGCCGCCACCAUUGCGUCCAACGAGUGGAGCGCCAACGGUAGCCCAGAAGAUGGGCUGGACGGGGACAACGAGGACAAGGCCAUCGACGGGGACGCCGAGGGCGUGUGGAGCCCGGACAUCGAGCAGAGCUUCCAGGAGGCCCUCGCCAUCUACCCUCCGUGUGGCAGGAGGAAAAUCAUCCUCUCCGACGAGGGGAAGAUGUACGGUCGCAAUGAGCUGAUAGCCAGGUACAUCAAGCUGAGGACGGGCAAAACCCGCACGAGGAAACAGGUGUCUAGUCACAUACAGGUGUUAGCACGGAAGAAGGUCCGUGAAUACCAGGCAGGUAUAAAGGUUUCUAGCCACUUGCAGGUUCUCGCCAGGAGAAAAUCUCGCGAGAUCCAGUCAAAGCUGAAGGCGAUGAAUUUGGACCAGGCGUCGAAGGACAAAGCCCUGCAGAACAUGGCAGCUCUGUCGUCCGCACAGAUCGUCUCCCCGAGUAUGAUAAAGAAUCACCUCCCACCACUGCCUCCUGCCCACUACCAACCACCCAGAUUCUGGCCCUCUCUCCCAGGACAGCCUGGACCUUCUCAGGAGCUGGUUCUAGAUCUCAACCCGGGAAGGACUCCUGGGCUUGGUCGCACCAGGUAUGCCAUCAAGCCUUUUGCACAGCAGCCCCCCUACCAGAGUCUGUCCGGUCCUCUACCACAGUCCAUACCAAGUUAUGAGCCCUUGGCCCCUCCUCCUCCUCCAUCUGCUACCGCUGUGCCGGUGUGGCAGGACCGGACCAUCGCCUCCUCGAAGCUGCGGAUGCUGGAGUACUCCGCCUUCAUGGAGGUCCAGAGAGACCCAGACAACUAUAGCAAACACCUGUUUGUCCACAUUGGACAGACCAACCCCUCGUACAGCGACCCGCUCCUCGAGGCCGUGGACAUCCGGCAGAUCUACGACAAGUUCCCUGAGAAGAAAGGGGGGCUUAAAGAGCUUUAUGAGAAAGGCCCUCAGAAUGCUUUCUUCCUUGUUAAGUUCUGGGCCGACCUGAACAGCAGCGGCAUGCAGGACGGGCCCGGCUCCUUCUACGGCGUCAGCAGCCAGUACAGCAGCCUGGAGAACAUGACCAUCACCGUCUCAACCAAGGUCUGCUCCUUCGGCAAGCAGGUCGUGGAGAAGGUCGAGACAGAAUACGCCCGCAUGGAGGGAGGAAGGUGUGUUUACAGGAUCCACCGCUCUCCUAUGUGCGAGUACAUGAUCAACUUCAUCCACAAACUCAAACACUUGCCGGAGAAAUACAUGAUGAACAGUGUUCUUGAGAACUUCACCAUCCUACAGGUGGUGACGAACCGGGACACCCAGGAGACCUUGCUCUGUAUAGCGUUUGUUUUCGAGGUUUCCACCAGUGAACAUGGAGCUCAGUACCACGUCUACAGACUUGUUAAAGACUAACGGCUCCUCGGGGGUGUUUCGGAAAAGCCAGACUUUAGAAUGAAGCGUGACGCAAUCUCUCUUCAACCAGCUCAACACCCCCCCCCCUCCCCUCCCUCAAAUAAAGACAUUCAAACAAUGACAUGGACACUUUUAAAAGUAUUUUUAGCAAGGGAAAAAAAAUAGUGAAUCUCAACGUGCUCGAAACACGCAAAUACAUUUUGAAGAAUUACGGAUUUUUUCGAACAACCAGCCAUUUUCCAUGUGUUUCAAACAUGAAUGAUGAUGAAGUGGUUGACUUUUCGUGGAGGGAAACGAUGGAGCCUGAAACGUCGCGGGGCAGAGAACGCGUUGGAAAGCGUCGUGGAGUGAAGAGGGAGCGCGAGCCACGGCCACGUGGCGUCGUCGCAGUAGGUUCUGUCCAGAAAGCAAGUCCCCAAAGAUCACAUCAUUGUCUGCCACUUUGGAUCGCUAUCUUUCUUUUUUUUUUUUUACUACCUCUUGUUUUUAAGCAGUCGGAUAAAAAGUCAGACACGUGUACUUUGUCCAAAAGAAAUGGGAAAGAAGCCUCUCAGAUCGACGUGUUGGGAGGCUGUUUUCUGUAGUUUGGAGAUCAUCCCAAUUUUACAGUCCACAUAGGGAGCAAUUCAGUUGCGUUACCCUACUAUUUCGAUUUUUUUUUUUUUUUUUUACAUUGUAAUACACCGUUCAAAAUUCAGGUCUUACAAGCAUCUGUCUAUAACUGCCUUUUGACACUAGGGGUGCCUUGUAAUGUGCUCGCCGGACAUAGAGCCAGGGCGGCGCCAUCCUUACCAGAUCCACUGUUAACUCUGUUUGAAGACGCGUGCCGGGUUGCACUUAAAAGAUCACGAAGGGGAGCUGAAGCAGCAGCUUGUCUUCUGCCUUGAGUUACGUGGCCUUAUUGAGAAAAAGAAUGAACUGUUUGUGUACUGUGAGUCAGUGGAUGCUAAAGGAAUACGUGUUACAUAGGAGUCUUUCUGUUCAUAUUUGUGUUCAAGUAACUCAGCACAGAGACCAUGGUUUGAGUAAGGGGGGGGGGGGGGGGGGGAGGGUGGAGUUAAUCACUGUUUCUUUUGUUUAAAAAAGAGAUCGUAUGCUGUGAAGUGGGUUCAUUUGCUUCACCGUUUUUAAAUGUGUGGAGAAGCCGCAUUCGUUGAUUCAAGUUCAGUUUUGAUAUUUAAAUCUUUAAAUCUUUUUUUUUUUUUUUUUACUGACAUUAGACGUAAAAUAAUUUUGGAAUCAAACAAAAUAAUUGUCUUUAAUGCGAGCUAUUGUCUCUGUGCUGUGGAGUAUGACCAUUGAUUGUUAUUUAUAGGGUUGGAAGAGAGUCGGUGGGAGGGCAGGGUGGGGCACUGGAGAUGUAUUGAUCGUUUUCCACUGUUAUGGAGAUUUGUAAAACGUAUUGCAGGACUCCUAUUGGAGACAGGAGAACUGUCCCCCAUGGAUCCUACCAGACACGUGUCUACUCCGGGUGGUUCACUGGACGAGUGUUUUAUAAAAGUUCAAGAUGUUGUGCGUUGGGACCUGGCUUUGAAUGUCUUAUUUCACAAGCUAGACACAACGACGCUCCCCCUCUAGCAGGUUUCUCAAUUUAUCUUUUAUACAGACGUGUUUUGCGCCAUUAUCAAGAUUCAUGCUUGGUUUUGAUUCUGUUUUCUUUUGACUUUCAGUGUUUGCCAUAUGCCUCACUGAAAAUAAUGUGUGAUUGUGCUGAUAAUUAAUAAUGAGAUAUAUAAUGUAUCAUAUUCUGAAUGGUGUGGGCAGUUUUCUGUUGGUUUUUUUGGUUCAAGGUGGUUUACUGUUGUCUUUGUUACCAUUGUGCAUUGCAAUUUUAUACUUCAAAGUAGAGGUUGGACUAUGUAAUCAAACAAAUGUAUCUAACAAUAAAAGACGCAUGGUG